GUGUUCUAUUAACCAUGUAUCUAGUAGGAAAUAUAUGGGUCUUUCAGAAAUUUUAGUACGCAGAUAGAAAAAUUGAUAAACGGAGGACUUUGUUUAAUAUGGAGAUAAUAAAAAUUCCUAAUUUAAUAUUUUUUUAAUCUGCGUAUUACAGUUUCCAAAAGAACCACAGAUUUCCCACUGAUUUUAAGUGCACGAUAUAAUAAAGAAAAUUCAAAUUUGGCGCCAUAAUCAAUAUUUUUCCCCCCAUUGUGACGUCGCAAAUUUAUCUUCGUUUCCUAUUAGUAUUACUCCUCGAAAUUCAGAGGAAGCAACAUUCAUCAACGUUUCAGUGUUCUAUUGGCUCCUAUGGGAGUUUCCUAUCUAAGUAGUAUUAAUCUAUGGAUGUUACUUAAUCUUCAUAAUUUGCUUAUUUAUUUCAGACUUGUUUGGUUUACGGUCUUCUGUGUCUUUUCAUGGAUUGCUAUAGUCAAGAAACAAUGGAAAAUGCAUGCAUUUGGCAUUAUCCUUCAAGGUCUUUGUGUUAUCCUAUCUGUUGAAUGUCCUUUCCCGCCACAUUGUCAUUGCAACGCUGAUUUGGUCUCUAAAAAAAUUGUUGUAACCGUGGCAACUCCGCUUAUAUGUAACUCGGGAGCCUCGAAAACCGAAAACUCAUUAUCAAUCUUGUUUAGUAGCCACCAGAUGCAUUCCACGUUUUUUAGUACGGAAAGUAAUAUUUAGUAGUAAAACACCUUUAGACUAUUGGGCUAAUCAUUUUGGUCCAAUCGAACCGGAUUUUGGUUUAUCAAGCCUCAUUAUGGUUCAGUAAUUACAAUAAAUAAAAAGUGAAUGUACAGUAUUGCGAAAUAUCAAUGGUCGGCAGCGUAAACAAGCAUUGUACUGCUUCCCUCUCAAGUUUGAUCGGUCUGAUUCAUCAACCCCUCCACGGUCAAACAUAAAGCCAUCUGAGUCAUGAUAAAAAGCUAAUUGGACGAUCUUUACAAUUUUCAUAUUCGUUGUCGGACGUCGCUGGAUCCGGUACACCACGUCGUUGAUUCUGGUGACCACAUGGAAUGGAUGGCUUUGGUGACUUGCCUUCGUCCUUCGUGAAUUCUAUAACCAGACUGUAUAAGUGUAUACCCAGUUAUAAAACUGGUGAAGUUUAUCCCAUGGUUAAUCGUGGACCAUUUGCAAACGCUCUUGGUAGAUGGUCUCCUCAAAGGCUUCAGUCUUCUUAGGCGUCCCGGUAAUAAUAUCCAGUAUAGCUAAACGAAGUUCAUCACCGAAGACAAUUUUUGACGAGCUUUUUCCAGACUUAUUUGGUGUCCAAAUAGUAAGAAUAAUGACUCAUUCAACUGACUAUGGAGAUUAUGUCGACAUUUAUAUAUUUGUUUCCAAAUAUAUCACUUCAUUCGCAUUGUUAAUAGUAACUUUUGCGGAUAUAGGUACUACGUGUUUUAUAUCAUUUCUAAUUUAUAAAUUUAAGGAGCUUAGGACAAGGACAAACUAUAUUCUGUUAAAUUUAAUGAUUUCAUCUACUCUACAUAUUUUGAUAAAUUUAUUUUUAGGCAUAUUUGUUAAAUUUUUAGCACCUGAUGUUAAGAAUUACGGCAAUUCUAUAGAACACGGUAUGAUAGUUGCACUUUUUAUGAUAGACAGUAUAACCCUUCUAUUAGUUUUGUAUCUAGCAAUUGAUUGGUUAAUCUUAGCAAACAAUUUAAAUUUGUUAUCCAAGUAUCAGCAAUACUUAUAUCCUUUUGUUAUUCUAGGCAUUUACGUUUUAUCCCUAAAGGAUUGUCUUCUAUAUUUUAUUAUAUCCGAUAAAACUUUUAUGUACAUUCAAAUUGAAAUAAUUGGUUCUAAUUUACUUUUUUUAUUAUCAGGGAUAAUCGUACUUAUAUUUUUUAUUAUAAAAAAAUGUAAACGCUAUUCACUUGAGCAAUCAAAAAUUGACUAUGCUUUAGCAAUUUCAUGUACGUAUUUUAUACUAUGGUUACCAUGUUUUAUUUUGUAUAUCAUUGUGUUUAUAAUUCUACCCGUUUUAGGUGUGAGAAUCGAAUACAUACUUUUAGUAAAUCUUGUAAGUGAAACCUUUGGUGUUUUUGGUUAUGCUUGUCCUUUAGCUUAUGUUGCCGUUCUGUCUAUAUUUGCCCAAAAUUUUAAAAACUCUUUUAAUUGUAUUUUUAAAAGAACUGGCAGUAACACUGUGUAGAAGAUACACGCCUGGCAAACUCACUUCUGCGAUGUAAAAAUCACUUGCAACUUACAAUAACAAGCCUAAGUCAUAAGUUUAAAAGAAAAUGAUAGUGCGUUUUCUAUCAUUAUCCGCUACUAAUUAGAGUUAAACACAAAUUGUACGUAAUGAAAACCGAGACGUGCGGCGUAUUGCCCUUUUCUUCUUAGCAAUUGGGAAAUAGUUAAAGCGUUAUCAUUAUCUUUUUAACUAAACUCUGGGUCCAUGAUUUGUUGUUGCAUUUUAAAGCAUGGAUAUGUCAGGUAUCUACAAUACAAUAAUAAAAAUACAAUAUUAGUGGAAGCAACUAUGCAAGUAUAGAAUACGGAUGUAAACCCAGAUUCAUAUCAAUAAAAAUGGCGUUAGCUUAAAUCUUGUGCCGAAAAUUUAUCAAACGCGGGAAAAUAUUAUUUCGAUAACGUACAACAAAAAGACUUUUAAAGUCGUUGUGUGAAACGUACCUCGCAACACAAAUUAUUAUUGAUAUAAUUCCGGCUUUACAUUUUAAAUAAAGCAUGUGUUAUAUGAGUAAUGCAGGUAUAUAAGACCCUACUUGUUUCAUAUCUAGUAAUUGAUUGCAAGAAUCAGCAAUGUAAUUGCCUUAUUAUCUUAAACACAAUUUUGCUUCUAAGGAAUGUGAAUGAAUUUCGAAGCUACGUCAUUGAAUUGUGCUAUAUUUUACAAGUUAUUUCGUUUAUACCAGACUAAUUUUUAUAAUCUCAGGAAUAAAUGUGAUUGUUAUAUUACUACAAUUAUAUAUCUCAGAGAAAUCCUCUCUUCUCUAAAUGUUUUUUAUAUUUUAAUUCUUGUAAUUAUAAUUAUUACUUCCCUAGUUUAUGUAGUAUUGAAUAAAUUAGAUUAAGAAUUUUAAUGCUUCUUAUAACUUUUUUUAAAAACGCUGUAAACAUUACACUUAGUGCAUGAUUGUAACGAUGUGCGCAAUAUCUGGAAAACGUAUGAAAUGUAUAUUAAAAAAAACUAUUUUUA